AUGGACAGUAGUUUGUCUACCAUUUCACAAAAAUGUUCAGAACAAUUGGAGAAAUACCAAUCCUGUAUACUAUCAAAUCAACAGCAAGAUUGGAAUGCUAUUUGUAAGCCACAGAGAGAUGAACUUACAAAAUGUGCAGACAACAGUGUACCACAACUCAAGGCUGUCAAAGAGAAAUGUGGCUCAAUCAUCAACAACUACGACCAAUGCUUACAACAACACAAAAACAGCUCAGAUGAAACAUUAGAAAAAGAAUGCAUUUCUCACUUAAAAUCUCUAUAUGAAUGUACAGACUCCGUUAUGGAAUCAUUUAAAUAG